UCGAACUGUGGAACCGCCAAAUUCCCUUCGUUUCCAGCCGGCUCGAGACUGCCGAGCGACCAUUGCAUCCCCACGACAGUCACUUAUGACCAGAGGCCCUUGGUGGCCAUGACAUCUGCAUGAUGCACCAGACACCUCGCUCUGCCCCGCGCCCCUUCUCUCCCGCAUCUUCGCCUCAAACGAACCCUGCUCGAACGAACAACCCCAGAGAUCCAACGAGUCCCGCACCGAGUUCCCCACGGCCGACAUCAGAAGCCGAGUCCGCCUCGGAUCAUGCAGCAGGCAUGUCCAGGCCCUCCUCAGAACGGCCGUUUGGAGGGCCAACCAAGGACUCAGUCAAGAAGCUUGACCAAAUUAUACAGAAUGUCUACUCAAAGGCUGGAACUAUAAUUCUGCAAGAGCGCAUGCGAGUUACCCCAACCUUGGUAGGGCGGACACUCGAGAAGAAAACAAGCAGAUGGUUCCAACUUGACACGGACGAUAUCGAUGAUUUCAAGGACGAGUUCCGGACUUGGAAACAAUGUGGUGGGCUCGACAACCGCCCUCCGCCUCUCAUCAUUGAGACAUACUUGGAUACCUCACGGCUGAAAAGUGGUCAAAGUCUGGUGAUUCUCGAUGACAACGGGAAGCGGUGGGACGUCGUGGAAGCUCUCACUGCAUCGGACGCCUCUAGUGAUAGCAGCUCCGGCUGGCCGUCAAAACCGAACCCACAUGUCAUCCUUGAGCGCUGGAAAGUCGAAUUGAAGGGCACGAUACCAGAUGACCUGGACGACUUUGGAGCCCAGCUCCCCACUAUCUACAAAAAGGCCAUUGUGUUGUGCCGGUCAAUAUUCACUACCACCGGUAUCCUUCCGGCGUGGAAACUAGCACGAAAAUCGAAGACCCAGGGUAUUCAUCCUGCUAGCCAAGUGCGCUGCCGUAUUAGAGCCAGCGACUCUCUUGGAAGUGGCCUUGAUGCCUUGCGGUCGCCCCUGUUCGAUGGUCCCGCAGAUGUAGCUACAGACUACAUGUUUGGCCAACUGGAGGUUCCAGUGGGACGCUUUUACGUCUCUGUCUCCUACCGCAACAAUUGCAACUUUCAAGUUGUCGAGACGGAGUCGUUGCUCAGCUCUCGCAUCGGUAUAGCGAUUUCUGACGACAUGUUCAAGCCCUCGUUGCCUCACCGAACACAAACCGAAUAUGCCAAGGCGAACCGGCGCGCCUUGGAAGUUGGUUCCUUGCCCUACAGUCGACAGACUGGGAACAUCACAGACAACCAGCAGCGUUACGGCAGCUUGUCAACAUUCCAUGGCGAAGGUCCCUUGGGAACCAGUCCGAUAUCUGCACUGAGAGCUGUCAAAGCACCCGAGUCAGACACAAGCUCUCCUCCGGGGUCGCGUCCAGAGAGCAUUGAGCCACCUCCACAUUCUCUCCCUAUCACUGGGCCCGCGCGGCGGCCGUCAGUCCGCACAGGUACGAGUGACAGCCACGGGAGACGACCAUCGGUUUCAUUCCAAUCGUCACCCUUCAAGCAUGGCUCUCUCUCAGGAUCGCCUGGGCGGAGACUACAUGGAGAUGAGGCGCCAUUCUCCCCGAGCUCGCUCAGCCGUCUUUCUGGGCCGAACACUCUGACCCAUACACGGAACCGAUCGUCUCUGACGGCUGGGAUGCCAGCAUCACUCCGAGGAGGGCCACCUCAGCCUGCCACGGACAGUUUCGUGGCUGGUUCGCCAAGGCCGAGCGUGACCAAUAGGUUCAGCAGUAGUUUCAGUCACCGGCGCAGUCGUACGUCCUUUGGUGGCACAAGCAGGGUUGGUGAUGACGACCAGAACAGCAGCGGAAAGCAGAGCCUGGCCUCAUCUCUCGCCCAACCUGGCUCUGGGCUAUUGAAUGAAGCUGGAGGCGGUGGCAGCUCUGGUUCAUUCCAAACAGAUGAUGAUAACAUUCAGGAGUUCCUGAAGGUAUUGGAUAGCAAGAAGACUCUACAGAGUUUCGAGCCAUCCAAGAAAGGCGAAUCGGCCACGAGCAGGACACGAGCACAACUCAAUAAGUUCCAGCUCAUGCGGGAGUCCAACAAUGCGCUGACCGACUCACUCAACUCGUCCACACAAUUGCAAGCGCCAUCGAGCACAUCAAGUAGGCAUAUCGCCAACAUUCCUGGUAUGUCGACAUCAUCAUCGCCUGGCAAACCGUUGUCACCACACACGCCACACACGCCAGCGGUGCCCUCCAGGCUAAGUGAAAAUUCGAGCAUCGACCACGAGCCGACUGUUCGGGAGACUACCAUCACGGCUGUUGGAAGAGCUCCAACCAGUGCAGCGGGCACUACAGCUAUUGACAUUCCGAUCUCACCUCGUCCUUACACCCACGUGCGGAGAUCAAGCUCUGCCGCGCAGAAGCAUCGCGUGCUGGCUGAUGAUGAAGAUCAGCGAAGCAUCAGUCUUGGUGCUGACGACCGGGAGCCCCCAAGCCUUAGCGCCCUGCUAGGACGGAACAUGGCGUCGGGUGUUGACGACGGGGAUGCCUCGCCUGUCCUGCAGCCACCUGCAGAUAUCACCACCACAGAAUCACCAAGCGUGCCCGGCUCGGGAUCAGCAUCGGAAGAACGCGAAACGCGGCCACCAGGGGGUCUAUAUGCUGGGUAUUCGAGCUCCCCAUAUGGUCGGCGUUACGGCAGUAGUGCAGGAAGAGGCGCCACGCCGCCACAUUCAGGCAGUGGCAGCCUGGCGGGAUCCAGUACGGGCCGGUACGGGAGGGGAUACACACGCGCGCGGCCAACAAGCGGCUUAGGUCCUCUUGGAGGAGGGCCCGCUGGAGAUGAGCCGGAGGAAGAACCGCUCUUGUUUGACAUGUCUGAGAUCAACAGAGACCAGUCGCGGCGCAGUAUAGAGGAGGGCCGCGGCGGAGGCAACACUGGAUCAGGCUCAGUUGGUGAUAGAGGCGGGCCUGGUGGGUAUGAGGCGGCUCAUAGACAACGGCGCUGGCAGUAGGAUAGAAUGGUGGGAUGCUUGAUGCUGUCACGAGUCACGCCAGCCAUGAUAUAGAACACCAGUUUGAAAGGCAAUACCUAGACUGUCUCAGGGUUUCCAAACACAGAAUGACUGCGAGUAUUUGAAGAAAUCCCUAUUAAUUCAACGAUAAGAUUUCCG